AUGGACCCCACAGUCACUGUCCUGCUGUCCAUUGACAUGCAUUCCCUGGAUGAGAAGGGAGGGACACAGGGGACCCUGAAAUGGACGUUUGGCGUGACUCACGGGGAGGCUUCAGAAUCCAAAGGUGAGACAAACACUGGGGUCCGAGGAAUCCCUAGAAACAUGGACUCUGUUUCCUUCUCAGCCACCCUCCCCAGGCCCACCCUCUGGGCUGUCCCCGGUCCUGUGGUCCCCAAGGGAGCAAAUGUGACCCUCAGGUGCCAGGGCCCCCUGGGGAGUGACAGGUUCCAGCUGUGGAAGGAUGGAGAGCUCAGAGAAGAGAGAAAUGCAUCCUGGGAGCUGGCAGAGUUUGUGCUCAGGCAGGUGAAUGAUGUGACAGAUGCGAGAAGCUACAGGUGCUGCUCUGGGCAGGGGCCCUGGUGGUCAGAGCUCAGUGAACCCUUGGCCCUGGUGGUGACAGGUUUGCCCAAUCCAUCCAUUAGAUCUUCAUCUGGCUCCACAGUAUCCCCAAAUACCACAGUGACCAUCUGCUGCUACUUCUCCCCACUGGGAUCCUCUCAGGACUAUAUUUUUGCUCUGCUGGAGGCCAAGAGCCUGCAGGUCUUACAGCAGCAGAGCCCUACAGGGUCCCAGGCUAUUUUCUCACUUCCAUCUGUGAGGCCCGAGGACACUGGGAGCUACAGCUGUAUUUACUACAGGAAGACGGCCCCCUACAGAGGGUCACGUCCCAGCCAGGUCCUGGAGCUCACUGUGCCUGGACCAUUCCCCAAGCCCACUCUCUGGGCCCAACCUGGCCUUGUGGUGAAUACAGGGGCCAACGUCACCCUGUGGUGCUCAAGGCCCAAGCUGCCUUUCCUUGAAGAGGUGACCUUGACUCUGUGGAAGGCUGGGACCCGGGAGCCCUUAAGGCAGCAGAGCUCGGCAGAGCCCUGGACUAGCUUCCUCCUCCCUUCUGUGAGACCCCAGGACACUGGGAGCUACAGCUGUGCUUACAGGGAGGGGAGAGCCCCUGCCAGAGGAUCAGAACCCAGUGAGGCCCUGGAGCUGGUGGUGCCAGGUUCUCUUCCCAAGCCUUCCCUCUCAGUCUGGCCUGGGCCAGAGGUGACAUCAGGGUCUGAUGUGACCCUCCUGUGCUGGGGGCCCUCAAGAGCUACUAGGUUUAUUCUCUACAAGGAGGGAGAUGAGAAAGACCUGCCAAGCACGGAUGCCUCUCAAAAUGUGUCCAAAUUCUUCUUGACUGAUGUGACCCCCAAGGAUUCUGGCAGUUACAGCUGCCAAUACCAGCUUGUCACCAAUGGAAGUCUCCUGACCCAACACAGUGACCCCCUGGAGCUCAUAGUGAGAGGUUCAGAGCCUAUAAACCCCCUCAUCAUCACCCUCAGCUGUGUUUCCUUCCUCCUCCUCCUCCUCUGCCUUCUCUUGCUCACAUGCCUGUGCUGUGGAUCCAGCCCAAUGGCUGCCUCUGUUGCCCUUGUCUUCCUUGGAAUCUGCCCAGUCAGCCUGAGGCCCCCAGAGAGGAAGCCCUGUGCUUCCAUGGCUGAAGACCCCCAGGGAGUCAUCUACACUCAGCUGAACCUAAGAACCUUGAAUAAGAAAAAAACUGUCCACAAGGGGACUCCCAUAGAGCCCACCCUCUAUGCUACUGCAUACUUGGACUAA